GCUUGACUGGGCAGCCUGGAAAGAUGCGGGGCAGAACGUGAACGUGCGCGAGUGACUUGGCGACCGUGACCGAGGGUGCGAGGGUGCGUGGUAUAUGUCUGUAUAAGAGGACGUGGCUGCGAGGAGGAGGCGGGUGCGUGUGUGAUGGGGAGCGUGUGCAAGUGUAGGGUGUGACUGGUAGGGAGGGCGCGGCGCCUAAGACUGGCGCGCGUUUCGGUGCGUCUGUGCCCAUCCCAGGAGCAUGUGAGAGACGGUGUGUAUUGGAAUUAAUGAGGGGUUUAGGGGGCUGAGAGCUGGAACCCUCCCGGAGGAUAUCACCCCGCACCAACCCACACGCAGACCCAACCACCAAGAAGUUAGCGUGGGCCAAACCCUAGAGUCCUGGCCAAGUGCCCGAUUGGGGCGGGGCGGCCAACACGUCUCCUGCCCCACCUGGAGGGAGCAAAACUCCGCACACGUCCAAACAUCCAUGGGACUGAGUACCGAGAGUCGUGUCCCACAUAUCACUGUGGAAUGGGACUUGGGAGGAAGGCGAGAUUCACAGCUUCUUCUGGCAGUGCUGAAAGAUCUCAGCUUUUAUGGCUUAGUCACCUACCUUCUAACGCAGUUCUAAGACCUUUGGGGCGUAUCAACAGGAAACCUCACAACGUUAUGAAGUGGAAACUACCUUACCUCCUUUUCAAAGACGAGGACCUUGAAGCAUAGAGAGGAGGAGUAAUUGCCAGGAAGUAAAGGAGCGAGGAUUCAGAUCCAGGACAGGCUGACUGCGAGUCCCUCUGUGCACUGGCUGUCAUGUAAUCCCCUCAACAAAGUCUUGAGAUAGCUCUGCCCUCUCAGGGUAAAGCCCUUCAAAUGAGGGGCCAGGAAGAGGAGGAGGUGAUGGGGAUCGAACUCUUCCAAGCUAUGUCCCUGGAUUCAGUGACUUUCACAGAUGUGGCCAUAGACUUCUCCCAAGAUGAGUGGCAAUGGCUGAAUCUUGCUCAGAGGACUUUGUACAAGAAGGUGAUGUUGGAAAACUACAGAAACCUGGUGUCAGUGGGUCUUUGCAUUUUUAAACCAGAUGUGAUCUCCUUAUUGGAGCAAGAUAAAGAGCCCUGGGUAACGAAUGAAGAGAUGAAAGGAGUCCUGUGCCCAGACAUGGAGUAUGUGUGGAUGACCAAGGAAUUAUCUCCAAACCUUGACAUUUAUGAAGAAAAAUUAUCCCAGGCAAUGAUAAUGGAAAGACUUACUACCUACGACCUUGAAUGUUCCACAUUAGGGAGAAACUGGAAAUGUGAAGACCUGUGUGAGAGAGAGCCGGUAAGUCCAAAGCCACAUUUUAGGCAAGAGACAGUCACUCAUAUAGAUGCACUUAUUGAGAAAAGAGACCACUCUAACAAGUCUGGGACAAUUUUUCAUCUGAAUACAUUAUCUUAUAUAAAGCAGUUAUUUCCCAUUGAAGAGAGAAUGUAUAAUUUUGACAUAGAUGAGAAAAGCUUAAAAACACAUUCAUUUGUAAAAAAGCAGAAGCAAGUCUGUGGAGCAAAGAAACUUUUGAAAUGUGACGACUGUGAGAAAACUUUCAGCAAAAUCUCAACCCUUACUCUUCAUCAAAGAAUUCAUACUGGAGAGAAACCCUAUGAAUGUAUUGAGUGUGGGAAAGCCUUCAGCCAGAGUGCCCACCUUGCUCAACAUCAGAGAGUUCACACAGGGGAAAAACCUUUUGGAUGUACUGAAUGUGGAAAAGCCUUCAGCCAGAAUGCUCAUCUAAUUCAACAUCAGAGAGUUCAUACUGGAGAGAAACCUUAUCAGUGUAAGCAGUGCACGAAAGCCUUCAGCCAGCUUGCACACCUCGCUCAGCAUCAGAGAGUCCAUACUGGAGAGAAGCCCUAUGAAUGUAUUGAAUGUGGGAAGGCCUUUAGUGAUUGUUCUUCCCUAGCUCAUCAUCGGAGGAUUCACACUGGAAAAAGACCCUAUGAAUGUGUUGACUGUGGGAAAGCCUUCAGGCAGAAUGCUUCUCUCAUACGUCAUCGGAGAUAUUAUCACACUGGAGAGAAGCCCUUUGACUGUAUCGAUUGUGGAAAGGCUUUCACAGAUCACAUAGGACUUAUUCAGCAUAAGAGAAUUCAUACUGGAGAGAGACCCUACAAAUGCAACGUGUGUGGGAAGGCUUUUAGCCAUGGCUCAUCACUGACUGUACAUCAGAGAAUUCACACAGGAGAGAGACCUUAUGAAUGUAUGCUCUGUGGGAAAGCCUUUAGCCAUCGUGGCUCACUUACUCUUCAUCAAAGAGUUCAUACUGGAGAGAAACCCUAUGAAUGUAAGGAAUGUGGGAAAGCUUUUCGGCAGAGCACACACCUCGCUCAUCAUCAGAGAAUUCAUACUGGAGAGAAACCUUAUGAGUGUAAGGAGUGCAGCAAAGCCUUCAGCCAGAAUGCACACCUUGCACAACAUCAGAAAAUACACACAGGAGAGAAACCUUAUGAAUGUAAGGAGUGCGGUAAGACCUUCAGCCAGACAGCACACCUUGUUCAGCACCAGAGGGUCCACACUGGUGAGAAGCCUUACGAAUGUGUGGAGUGUGGGAAGGCCUUCAGUGAUGGCUCCUAUCUUGUUCAACAUCAGAGGCUCCACACGGGCAAAAGACCGUAUGAGUGUCGUGAAUGUGGGAAGGCGUUCAGACAGAGGGCCUCCCUGAUUUGUCACCAAAGGUGUCAUACGGGUGAGAAACCUUAUGAAUGUAAUGUGUGUGGGAAAGCCUUUAGCCACCGUAAAUCCCUUACUCUACAUCAAAGAAUUCAUACUGGAGAGAAACCUUAUGAGUGUCAGGAAUGUAGCAAAGCCUUCAGCCAGAUUGCCCAUCUUACGCUCCAUAAGAGAAUCCAUACUGGAGAAAGGCCCUAUGAAUGUAAGGAAUGUGGAAAAGCCUUCAGGCAGAGUGUACAUCUCACUCAUCAUCAGCGAGUUCAUACCGGAGAGUCGUCCUCAAUUCUUCCUUCCUCCUCAGCACUGUACCACCAAGUCCUCUAGAUUCAAUCUUCUGAAUACCUCUAGAACCCAUCCACUUUUUCCCAUGUCCCACCGCCAUCAUCCAAGAUGCAACCAUAUAGCUUGGAUUUCUGCAGUAAUAUCACAGCCAUUUUCUCUCUGGCUCCCCUCCAGUUCCUUUUUCACACGGUAGCAGCUUAAUCUCUUAAAAAUUUAUAUCCAUGGAACUUUUCCAUUCGAAGCACAUAUUUUGAAGAACAUGUUGGAUAAUCCAUUUAAGGGGCUUAGCACAUAAUCCUUGGCAUAUAAUUAGUGCCAUUAGGUAAAGUUUUCCUCACAGUUGUUCAGCUGUAAGGACGGUGAGCCAGUAGAGGUCAAGACUAAGAAACCUACAGAUUUUAGAGCAGACAGAGGACUCUACUCUCCCAGUAAGCAGGACAGACGGAUACAUUCAGAGUUGAAGGGUGUAUGAUAUGCAGGGUAACAUGGUGGCUUACAAAUCCCUCUAUGAAUAAAUAUAAGGACACCGAGCACUGUUGAUGAGGAACUCUCCCUCUACCUGGCACCUAGAAGUGAGAAUUGGCCAAUUAGAGCAAAAGAGUUUGGCAGGAUAUAGGACUAGCCAGGGGACAGUAUUAAAAACAAAUUAAAAUAAAUAAGCUAGGAAGCUCUACUAUAUUAAUAGCCAUGAAAUCAACUGUAAAAGAUACUUUAAUACUUUCUCCUGUGGACACACACCACAGACAAUUCCUGUGAUAUUUAUAUUGUUUCAGAGCAUGAAAUACAGUAAAGCUUCCCUUCUUGUUCAGAAACUGAAGGCUGAUACAAAAACAAAACCAUAGGUACUGCAAUUAGCUUACGAAUGGACAUGUUAAAACAUACUUAAACUUAUUUUUUAACUAUUAAAAAAUAGAGUAAAUGGAAGGUAGACAUGUCUUUGUAUAGAAGGACUCUGUCUGGCAAAGUUAUUUCUCCCCACAUUAAAUAUGUAAAUUCACUAAUAUUCCAUAAAAAUCCCAAUGUAUUUCCAAGUUGACAGUCUCAUUCUGACCAUCUGUAGAAUUGUGAUACAGCAUUCCAUUGGGAAGGUAGCACUCAUUCAAUUAACAUUAGUUGAGCAUUUACUAAUGUGCCAGGCACCGUUUUAGGUGUUGGAGAGACAACAGGAUGCAAAACGUACAAAAAAAUUUUGCCCUCACAGAUCUAGUGGGAGAAGACAAAAACGGGGAAAUCCAUGCUGUGUGGUAAGUACAUGAUAUGUAUCAUGACAAGAAAUGAUUUCAAAAAGGAGCCAGGGAGUUCUGGGAGAGUGCCUUACUACCCCCAGUAUAUGUGGGCAGUGGAAGUGGGGGAAGAACAAGAGGUAACCAGGGCGUGAGGACAAGUCAUGGUAGGAGAAGUCCCAAGGUAGGUAGUUAUGACACUUUCAGUGUGGCAGACAGAACUGAGGGUUUAACAGGAUCGUGAGACUUCUAUUCACUCUUUAUCAAUAGUGAUUUAGAGGCUGGUGGAGGGUAUUUUUUUUUUUUAUAUAACAGCCUUAUUUGAGAUAUAAUUCACAUAUCAUACAAUUCACCAAUUUAUAGUAUACGAUUCAAUGACUUUUAUGUUCAGAGUUGUGCAACCAUCACUACAGUUCAUUUUACAUUUUCAUCACCCAAAAAGAAAUCCCGUUUUUUAGCAGUACCCCUGGAGUACCCCUGGAGGAGUACUCUGGAGGAGUACUCUUACCUGAAGCACCAGAGCUCUUGGGUUCUUCUCAUGACUGCUCCAGUGGCAGUAUAGAGGACCACGUGAGAGGAUCUCUUGACCAGAGGACACGACUGCUAGAAAGUGGAGCUUUGGGGCUCCAUCUUUCCUUUGGCAUAGAAACUAGGAGACGGGCAGUCUUAUCCAGAGUAUGUGGAGCUUCUAGACUCUCCUUAUAUAUGACAAAAAGGAUUCUUCAUUGCAUUGGGGAAAAGAUGGAGUGAUCAAAUGACAUUAGGAAAGCUGUGGAUUGAUCCCUGGCACACUGAGGAAGCUCUGAAAGAUUAAAGAUCUAAAUGUAAGAUGUUAAGGUACAAGAAAAACUUCGAAUGUUUUUAUAACCCUGGCUUGAGGCAGACUUUCUGAAGCAUUACACAUAACCCAGGAGCUGACGUUAAACUAAAUAACAUUUAUGUGUGGAAAACAUCAGAGUCAAAGUUAAUAGACAAAUGAGAGACUAAAACAAAAUGUUUGCAACAAAUAAAGGAUAAGCCCUGAUAUUCAAAGUACUAUUACAAAUCAGUAAUAGUAACAUCUGCAACUCAGUAGAAAAUUGGACAAAGCUAACAGGCAGUUCAAAGAUGAAAUAAAAACAGCUAAUGAAAAUUACUGAAUAUCACCAGUAAUCAGGAAAAUGCAAAAUAAAGUGAUGAUAUACCUAUUUCUACCCCACCCCACCCCCAAUAGCUUGGUUUUAAAUCAUAGAAGAGUGAUAAUACCCAGUUUUGAUGAAUAUGUGAAAAAUGAGACAAUUUAUUCCAUUGUCAUUUAUAUAACUUGCCUUAUGUACAUACCAUUUGAAUCAAUAUUCCUCAGAAACCAAAGUAUACAAAGGUAGGUAAAUGCAUAAUGGCAAAAAAAAAAAUUUUUUUUUCUAAUGGUAAACUAUUAGGGGUAAUGGGUCAGUGGUAAGUUAAUUAUGGUGUAUUCACUUCAUAGAAUUAUACAUAGUUGUUGAAAAAAAAUAUAAAUGUGUGUAUAGCCAUAGAGAGAUGACUGUGCUAUAAUAAAUGAAAA